CUGUGCUGGUGUGUUUAGUGAAAUCACAUGAGCUGAUGCAGGCAGCGCCAGAGCUGAAGAGGUAAAUCAACAUUUGCAGAGAGAGUACCUAAAUAAGAGUUGCUAAGUUUUACAGAAGUGGAGUGGUUGUCUAUGAGGGUGCAAUGCUGGGCACAGACAUUACUUCCCUAGCAUGCAAACUGUAGCAGAAGGCGCGCUUUUGCACGGUGUCUGCUGAGUCCCUGGCCUUCACUGAAAGAAAUUAAACAGUAACACAGACUACAGCUAAUGUCACAGAAGAAACUUCAUUUGAUGGCAUUUGUCAGUCAUUCCUGAAGGAACAUUUAGGACUGAAAUGAUCCGUAUGUAUUACCGUGGCUGGGACCAACUCGUUUUCUGUGCUUUAUCAUAAAUGGGGAGGGAUUUCAACAAAGCAAUACAUCAUUAAUGCAUUUUUCUCAGUAAGCAAUAGCAUCGCUGCGCACAUACACUGGACCAACUUUCAGUAGCAAUAACAUUGCCUGCACACUAGGAGGAGAGGUUCCCAUCCAUGCACCCCGCAACUCGGCAUUAGCAGCGCAACAUUUUUCCAGUCAAAGCAGUUAUACUGGCGGCAAGUUUGGCAACAAGAGAAGAGGACAGAGCUGACAACAACGUAAAUUCUCUUCUCGAGCAACAGCCAGUGUUAGGAACAGGGCCAGCAGCAUCCUAGUUAAGCUGAACUUAAGUCUUUGCUGGGGGGAGUCGGUAUUUUGGGGAAGCUACUCGAGGCAACUGCUUUGUUGCUCCGCACUUGAUUCUGUUGUACGGGGCAUCAAGAAGUGCUUCCAUCAUUGCUCACGUUAGCUGGGAUUUGCAAAGCAGCAGCAGCAACGACAACCGCAGCACUCCAACAGUGCAUUUGUGUCCACAUUUCAGGAGGACCUGGGCAGCAAUGCUGACAUACUAUCUUCCCCAAGUUGCACAGUGAAUAAGCGAGGCUGCAAAUCAUUCUCAGAUGGCUUUGAUGACUACCCCUCUGCUUGCUGCUCACUAAUGGGAUUGCAGUGUGACUUCUUGUGCUACUGCCGGUGGGAGAGCUCCUGUCAUCCUUCGCAGACCCUUGCUAGCUGCUGAGAGCCGCCGCCGCGACAAUGAUCAGGAUCUUCCCCGAUUUCAGCGUGCAGGUAACGGCGGCGGCCGGGGGAGGCGGUGGCGGAGGGAUGCCGGCCAGCGCGGGGGUCGGUCGAGCCGGAGCAGCCACCAACGGCAACCCAACCAACGUUCAGGGCAUCACUUCCUACCAACAGCGUUUGCAAGCCUUGAGGAAGGAAAAAUCCCGAGAUGCUGCCCGUUCUCGAAGGGGAAAAGAAAAUUUUGAAUUUUAUGAGCUGGCCAAACUGUUGCCACUGCCUGCUGCUAUCACCAGCCAGCUCGAUAAAGCAUCAAUUAUCCGUCUUACCAUAAGCUACCUGAAAAUGAGAGACUUUGCAAAUCAAGGGGAUCCUCCAUGGAAUUUAAGGAUGGAAGGUCCUCCACCCAAUACAUCUGUUAAAGCUAUUGGAACACAGCGGAGAAGAAGUUCCACUGCCCUUGCUAUGGAAAUUUUUGAGACUCAUUUGGGCAGUCACAUUCUACAGUCACUUGAUGGAUUUGUAUUUGCACUAAACCAAGAAGGAAGAUUUUUGUACAUUUCUGAAACUGUGUCUAUAUAUCUUGGCUUGUCACAGGUGGAACUGACAGGAAGCAGCGUAUUUGACUAUGUCCACCCAGGAGAUCAUGUGGAGAUGGCAGAGCAACUGGGCAUGAAGCUUCCCCCUGGGCGAGGCCUCCUCUCACAGGGCACAACAGAGGAUGGGGCCAGUUCAGCAUCUUCAUCUUCGCAUUCCGAGACCCCAGAGCCAGUGGAAUCUACAAGUCCAACUUUAUUAAUGUCAGACAACAGUAUUGAACGGUCAUUUUUCAUUCGAAUGAAAUCUACAUUGACCAAGCGAGGUGUUCAUAUUAAAUCAUCAGGAUAUAAGGUGAUUCAUAUAACUGGACGGUUACGUUUGAGAAUGUCACUGUCUCAUGGGCGGACAAUCCCUAACCAAAUAAUGGGGCUUGUAGUUGUUGCUCAUGCCUUGCCCCCUCCCACAAUCAACGAAGUCAGAAUUGACUGCCAGAUGUUUGUUACAAGAGUAAAUAUGGACCUCAAUAUUGUUUACUGUGAAAAUAGGAUUAAUGAUUAUAUGGAUAUGACCCCAGUCGAUAUUGUGGGCAAGAGGUGUUACCAUUUCAUUCAUGCUGAAGAUGUGGAAGGUAUCAGACACAGCCACCUGGACUUGAUAAAUAAAGGCCAAUGUGUAACCAAGUACUACCGCUGGAUGCAAAAGAACGGAGGCUAUAUUUGGAUCCAGUCGAGUGCAACAAUUGCUGUGAAUGCUAAGAAUGCCAAUGAAAAGAAUAUUAUCUGGGUCAACUACAUACUUAGUAAUCCAGAAUACAAGGAUACUCCAAUGGAUAUUGCACAACUUCCACACCUACCAGAGAAAACCUCUGAAUCCUCAGAGACGUCUGAUUCUGAAUCUGAUUCUAAAGACAACUCAGAUGCCAGCAAAGAUGAAAAGACGUAUACAUACAGAAAUAUAUAUUUAACGAGAUUGGAAGACCAUGAGAACUCCAAAUCAGACGAUAAGGGAAACCAGUCAGAAAACAGUGAGGACCCGGAGUCAGAAACAAAAAAACAAACUGGGAAUCACUCAGAUAAUGAGAUGAAUUGUAAUGAAGAUGGGAAUAGUUCCAGUAACCAGGACAGUAAAGACAGUGAUGAUAGCUUUGAAAAUUCUGAUUUUGAAGGUCAGAAAUCUGCAGAGGACACUUUUGGCACACUUGGCUCUAUGCAGAUCAAAGUGGAACGUUAUGUGGAGAGUGAAUCGGACUUGCGAUUCCAAAACCGUGAACCUGUGACCUCAGACAGUGCCAAGGACUCAGAUAGUGCAGGAGAAGCAAAUGCACAGUCUUCCAGCAAGCAUCAGAAAAGAAAAAAGAGACGGAAAAAGCAGAAAGGGAGCAGCAUGACCAGAAGAAGGCUGUCCAGCAAUUCAAGCCCAAAUGGACUUGAUGCCGCAUUGGUUGAUCAGCCUCACCUGCUGUCCUCACCAAACAGUGCCUCAGUGCUAAAAAUAAAAACAGAAAUCUCAGAACCUAUCAAUUUUGAUAAUGACAGCAGUAUUUGGAACUACCCUCCCAACAGGGAAAUCUCAAGGAAUGAAUCCCCUUACAGUAUGACCAAGCCCCCCAGCUCAGAGCACUUCCCUUCUACACAAAACAACAGCAGUUUACAUGUCUCCAUUCCAGACUCUGUUCUUACCCCUCCAGGAACUGAAAAUACUGCCAGUCGCAAAACUCAGUUCAGCACCUCAUCAAAUGCCACAUUGGCAUCUAUAUCUUCUGAUCCAUUAUCGCCCCCACUUUCAGCCUCACCACGGGAAAAACAGCCAGGAGGUCCCACCACUUCCAGUUCAUUGCUCUACACGGGGGACCUGGAAGCCCUUCAAAGGUUACAGGCUGGCAAUGUCGUGCUUCCGCUAGUUCACAGGGUAACCGGAACACUUGCUGCCACCAGCACUGCAGCUCAGAGGGUCUACACCACUGGCACUAUUCGGUACGCGCCAGCAGAGGUUACCUUGGCAAUGCAGAGCAAUCUGCUCCCCAAUACCCAUGCUGUUAACUUUGUGGAUGUUAACAGUUCCAGCUUUGGGCUUGACCCUAAGACACCAAUGGAAAUGCUCUACCACCAUGUCCACCGACUUAAUAUGUCGGGGCCGUUUGGAAGUGCUGUGAGCGGGGCCAGUCUGACCCAGAUGCCUGCAGGGAACGUAUUCACAACUGCUGAAGGACUUUUUUCCACACUUCCAUUUCCUGUGUACAGCAAUGGAAUUCAUACUACACAGACAAUUGAAAGGAAAGAAGACUGAACUAUGACCAUAUACUGUGUUGAGCUGUACUCUGAGGCAUAGACUAUGUUUUAAUUUAGACUUGUAAUUCUAGCACUUUGAAUUUGAGCAGGUCAGCUUAUACUGUCAAAAAGAUGGUCCCCAUUUCACUCUGUUUCUCUCAAACGUUUAAUUAUUUUCAUUGUCAUUGUUUUGCCUUCAGAGAGUCAGAGUAACAGUUGCCUGCCAUUUUGUCUUCUUCUAUGAUGUGUGUUUUCUUUUGCAUCUUUAUUAAGAUGUCUUUAAUGUGUAAAUGCUUCUGCCAUAGGAUACUACAGUGUUACAGUAAAGAGAUUCUAAACUGACAACCAACUGUCUGAGUUCACAAAGAUCUUGAUAUGAUCAAGGUUGGAGACUAAUAUAAAAAGUCCACCCUACUUGACUAAGUCAUAUUAAAGGGGUUCUUGUACCUAAUUCUUUUACUAAAAAUAAUGGCUAGUAUUUUAAGAACUGUAUGUGGAUCUCAGUUCUUUUUUUAUGAUUCAUGUUUUCCUCAGCAUACACAUAAAGCAAUUUAUGUUCUUAAGAAAAAACUUAAUUUCUGGACUGUGAGUAGAAUGUUAAAAGAUGGACUAAAUGUUAAUUACUGAAACAUUAGCUUAAUUUCUAAAACCAUGGUGCUAUCAUGUAUUAAUUUUAAAUAUCAUAUACUAUGCGGCACAUUCACAUAGAAUUCCGGUGGAAUUUGCACUGGUCUUUAGAAUGUUGCUGCAACAUGCUUGGUAACUUCACCCAAGAUUCUUCAGUAUUUGCUGCAGGAUUUAUACCUUACCUCCAAACUAACAUAGCCUCACAUUGUCAGUGCUUUUUUAAGUGCUUUAAGAAAACUCAAUCAAACUGAACUUAGGAAUGGUUCUGGGUGCUUUUAAGUUCUCUCGCUUUUUUUUUCUCAGUGUGACUGAGGUUAAUAUUCAAAGAAUGAAAUUAACACAAGGGUUGAAAUGUCGUUCAACAUGUUCUUUUUCUGUAUUUAGUUAAUUUGUUGUUCUGCAGGGAACAUUCUAAUUUUGUUCUUCUUCCUCUUAACAUUGAAGCCAAUAUUUUCACAGGAACCUAAAGACUGAGCAAAAUAAGCUUGAAUGAGAUUUGUGUAACUUUUAACUGCACAUUAAGUUAAACAACUUCUCUGUGUUGCCAGAAAUCGGUGUAGUGUCAGACACUGCUAAUGACUGUCAAUUGUAUCUUCUUCCACUGCAUCUUUGGCAGCUGUCCGUUAAGGCAUCUAAUAACAGAUGUGAAAACUGUAAUGUGUACAACGUGUAAGUGUCCUUGGCUGUCAGUCCCAUUGCAGUUUAAAUGUGUGUUACUAUAUGCAGUAUAUACUAAGCUGAUGUAGUUGUUUUGUCUUUUGUCUUCUCUGUGGUUUAUCUUUUGUCUGGAGUGGCCAAUUCCCAUUCCGACAGUCCUAGUGAAUCAGUGAUUCUUGGGGGUUAGUGUUUUUUUGUGUGGUGGCCUUCUUCUUUAGUGUCACCGUAUGCUGCUUCCACUGUCUGUAUACUUUUUUAUUUUUGCUGUUGCUUUGCUGUUGUGUAUUAUUCUCAGACCUCUCACUCUCAGACUUAAAAGACUUUUAUCUAUCUCAAGGUUAACAGAGCCAUUUUUUUCACAGAGGAAUUCUGGGUAUCAUUUAUUCUUCCAGUGUGCCAUUCAAUGCGCUGAAGGAUAGUGCACAGAUAUACUAAAACAAUUAAUGCCAUAACACCUAUGUUGAUAACAUUCCCAGAGUCCCUUGUGCUCUAACUAUUAAAAAAAAAAAAAAAAAAAAAAGCGGGUGCACUUCUUUGAUUUCCUGUAGGCUAGGAGGAUAGAAUAUGUAAAUUAGUUCCGAAUUUGGGAGGGGAUUAUAUGAAAGGCCAACAGGAUUUAGGGGAAUCUAACUGAACUGUUAGACAAGAAUAUAUUGCACACUUUUUGGACUGUAAUGUCUGUUGGUUGGAUACAUUUUGUAUAUUGAUAGAGACAGUGUUAACCCCUUUCUCAGCAAAUGUUGUGGCUAUAUCAUAAGCACAACCUACAGUAGAUUUUAGCAGUCACUUUGUGUGACAAGAAACUUAUUCAAAACAUGAUUUAGGUGACAGAAAAAGACAUUUAAAUGGUAAAAGAGUAGUAAUGAGCCAAUGCAUGAAAAGUUUUCCAAACAUGCACUUGGAAAUCAUCAUUACCAAUGGACAAUCAAAGGGGUGCACCUAUUAGCUAUAAGGAACAGCUGUACAGCUGUUCAUUUUUUAUGAAUGUUUAUGUGUUGUGUCAAAAUGAUUUCUGGUGAUUUAAACUAACAGAUAAUCAUGGCUGCUGUCUAAAUCCAUUGUGUUUCAAAUUACAAUAUGAAAAAAACUUCAUUACCUGUGAAAACUGUGUUUGUGUUUUUAACUAUUUCUUGUACAAUAUAUGAAAUCUUUUAUGAGGAAACUGGUGCCAAGUAGCUGAAUAAUGGGGAAAUUGGGGUUCUGUUCAUAUCGACCUUAACAGUGUUACCAACUCUAUGAUACAAAAUCUCAAUUAAAAUAUUAAAACGUGACACAUAUGGUACAUUUCUUUCAUGGUUUCAAAGUGAAAACUAACUGAAUCUAACUUCUCGAGUGCCUGGCUUAUUUUUUAAACAUUUUUUUUCAUUGAUCAUUGAUAAUGCUGCAAAUGAGAACUGUGUACAUACUUCAUUUACAACAGGAUUCUUUUUAUACUUUUGUAGAUUCUCUCAUCAGUUCAAAGAAAACAUGUCAUACAUGAUUAUCUUUCUGUAACUUAAUUUCUGUUCAUCCCACAGGUGCCAUUUUCAUAAUAAACUUCUCUUGGAUUUCUUA